AUGCGCUAUCAACCCCAAAGCAAUGGCAGAAUUUACACCGAACUCCAACCUCUGUGGGACCAUUAUCAUGAACCAGCCGAUUCCAAACGAUCAUGGAAACGUCCAAUAUUCCAGCAGCCACAUUGCAUCAAUCACUGGCGUGACAUUGAAGGGUCACGUUUGACGUCGGUCACGCGAAAAGAUUUAAUUUUUCCCAAUUGGCCGAAAUCACGAAUUCGCCCAACGGCAUGUUUGCCUCUGUACUAUUGUACCGGUUAUCGUUUUAUACGGCUGACUAGAGCGUUCCCGGCUGGGUUCAAAUGUCCACCGGUGCCGAUGAGUUUGGCUGAAGCUUCAGCUGAGCGAGCCCAUAAUCGUCGUAUGGAGAAGGAAGCGGAACGUUUGGGAAAACACAGGGCAAGGGAGGAAAUUCGCAAGGUGGAGGCUGAUAAGAAGAAAAAGAAAGGGAGGAAGUGA